AUGAACUCGCCGUCGUCAUCGUCGUCGUCGACCACGGGAGAUGCCAACAAGAUAUUGGCAAGGUCUUCCAUCGUGGAGUCAAUAAGGGGAUGCGGCAUGACUAGUACGCGCGUCGACAAGGAGGAGCUAAAGCGGUGUCUCACCAUGCCUCAGUACCUACGGACCGCAAUGCGUGACUCAAUCCGGUCGCAGGAUCCCGACGCUGGCGAGGGCGGUUGUAUUCGUGACGGAGGCCUAGAGAAUGAUGUCGCUCCUCUUACGCCAAUGGUUGUUUUCAUUAAUCCCCGCAGUGGUGGCCGCCAUGGCCCUGACCUCAUGGAAAGGCUCCAGGAUCUCAUGAGUGACGAACAGGUUUUUGAUUUACUAGAUAUCAAGCCUCAUGAGUUUAUCCAGUAUGGGUUAGGUUGUUUGGAGACAUUAGCUGCUUCUGGUGAUACUUGUGCCAAAGAGACACGUGACAGAAUAAGGAUAAUGGUUGCGGGAGGUGAUGGUUCAGUUGGCUGGGUAUUAGGAUGUCUCACUGAACUUAACACACUGGGCCGCGAACCAGUUCCUCCGGUAGGAAUCAUACCACUUGGUACAGGAAAUGACCUGUCUAGGUGUUUUGGUUGGGGUGGUUCAUUUCCAUUUGCAUGGAAAGCAGCUAUUAAGAGAACUCUUCACAAGGCUAGUAUUGGUCCAGUUUAUCGUUUGGAUAGUUGGCGAGUUUCACUUUCAAUGCCCGAAGGCACAAUUGUGGAACCACCUUAUUCUCUAAAGCAGACAGAAGAGUUCUCUCUUGAUGAGGACUUAGAAGUAGAGGGAGAACUGCCUGAGAAAGUUAUAUGUUAUGAAGGCGUGUUCUACAAUUACUUUAGCAUAGGUACUUUAACUUUUGCCUUAGUAGUUUCAUAUAUUGCAAUUUCAGUUGGAUCAUUACUAGACAUGAGUAUACUAGUUUCAUAA